AGUCGGUUGGCGCGCCGGAAGUGAGGGAUGACAAGCAUGGCGUCCGUGUGCUGUGCGGCGGCUGUUUCCCGGCUCCUCUGGACGGGGAGCGCUCGGGGCAGCAGGUUAAUUUUUUACACUGUAUCUAGACGGGGGUUUAGAAAGACACCAAAAAAAAUUGAACCUCAGAAAGUGGAAACAGAGAAAAUGGUUCAGAAUGAUAUGGCGUCGAGUGUGAAUCAGACAAGCAAAAACAGCCUGACGCCAAUGCUGGAAGAGCCUGUCCUAUCAAAUUCAGCAUCAUUGUCAUUCAGGCGGCUCGUCAAACCCUUUGUGUUUACUGUAGGGUUCACAGGAACCUCAUUUGGCAUGGCAGCCAUUUGGCAAUAUGAAACACUCAAAUCCAGAGUUCAAAGCUACUUCAACGACUUGCGUUUGGAUUGGUUGGAAAAACACCAACCACCUAAAGCGGGAGACAUCAGGAAGCAGGUGAACCAGUGGUGGAACAGUCUUACUGAGGGGCAACGGACUGUCACAGGGAUUAUAGCGGUCAAUGCAUUAGUGUUCUGUUUGUGGAGAAUUCCCUCAUUGCAGUGGACUAUGGUAAAGUACUUCACCUCAAAUCCUGCUUCAAAAACCCUGUGCCUACCUAUGGUCCUGUCAACUUUCAGCCACCAUUCGUUCUUUCACAUGGCAACAAACAUGUAUGUGUUAUGGAGUUUCUCCUCCAGCAUCGUAUCACUUCUCGGGCAGGAGCAGUUCAUGGCCGUUUACCUAUCAGCAGGGGUUAUUUCUACAUUUUCAAGUUAUUUAUAUAAAACGGCCACUGGUCGAUUGGGCGCAUCCCUUGGAGCUUCUGGUGCAAUAAUGGCUGUACUUGCUGCAGUCUGCUCCAAAAUGCCUGAAGCAAAGAUGGCUAUAAUCCUACUGCCUAUGUUCGCCUUUACAGCCAGUAGCGCUCUGAAAGCAAUUAUUGCCAUGGAUACAGCAGGCUUAAUUUUGGGAUGGAGAUUUUUUGACCAUGCAGCUCACUUAGGUGGUGCACUUUUUGGAAUUUGGUAUAUCUUUCAUGGCCACGAGCUGAUCUGGAAGAACAGGGAGCCUCUUGUGAAGGUGUGGCAUGAUCUAAGGAAUAAGGGUCCUGGAACUGGAGGAAAUGGACCCUCAUAGGGAAGAAGCUGCAUUUCUUUUCAAAGAUUCCCGAAUGGAUUAAGAGGAACAAGGACUGAAGCAAUAACUGUGCUCAGGAGAAGGAAGAAUUUACACCAAGACCUUGAAUUUCUACAAUACCGCAAAGUACUGUGAAUUGUAAACUGAAAUUAGACUACAGAACUGCCUGGUUAGAAAUGAAGAGGAGCAUUUCAAAAUGGUAGCGUUGGGCAGACAUUUAGCAGCCUCAAAAAUUGAAAUCUAAAUUUUCAGCUGUUUGAAGCCGACUUAUUUAAACUUUUUAAAACACCUCCACCUUUCGCACUACCUCCUAUCUGAAGAACGAAUCACCAAAACAAAAAUUGUGUCAGCCAAAUGUACCUGUCAUGCUUAAAAUCCAUUAUCACGGUAUAGUCUUCAUAGUGUACAGAGUUGAAGUGCUUCUUUUUCUCAUACAGGGCGCAUAUCUUCAGAGUUACUCAAAACUGGAAAUGCUGUCAAAGCAAGCUCAGAAUGUGCACAAUGGAAACUGCUGAAGGUUAACCAGCAACGUCCUUGCAAUUUACCAGCAGCCAUGAACACCUUGCUCUUGUCCAGCUCGGUCCGCUCCCCCUUUUAGGCCCUUGGCUAGCUCUUUUCUGGAGCCAAAUGGGAAUUUUUAGUAGCCACUCACAUACUUUGAACUUGUUAUGUCAGCCUCGAUUCAUAAUCUAUAAUUUAACUUUGUGAUGCAAAUAAGAUUUUCCACAUAAUACCUAUGUGUUGAGAAUGUAAUAUUUGAAUAUUAUGGUUUAUAGAUUGCCACCGUAUUACAAUAGAGGUCUCCCCUCUCCAUUUAUACUACUCAGAAAAUUGGCUACUCUGUCCAAAGCUCAACUGUCUAAAUCACAUUUGAGUUACAAUAGUGUGCCAUUCCUGAGAACUCUUUGUAAUCUGAACAGUUUUGCAAGCCGGAAAUGUGGCUGUUCAGCAAUAUAUUUAAAUUAAAACAUAGGCCAUCCAAGGACAACAGGUAGUUAGACCAGGCUGUUUAACACACCAUUCAGAUAUUGUCAAAAACAGUCCCCACAGCAGAAGGUGCCUGCAGCAGGCAGCAAAUCCAUCCCACUGAACUCUCAGAUGUUCAUUCGUAUGGAUGGGCAUUUGUAACGUAGGUGAGGACCUGUAAUGCAGGAAGGAAUGCAGUCAAGACAGAACAGCUCAAUAACACCUACCAUAUGCUUUUAGGUUUUCAAAGCUGUAGUGAGUUACAUGUACUAGUCACAUCAAUGUUAAGUGACCACCAGUUGGAAGCUUUACUGUCAUCACUGUUUUAUUUGCAAUGUUUUCUUGUGAAGUCUGCUGAGAAAGAAAAUAAAAAGAAAACAGAUGCAAGAGACUGUAGCUGCUGGAAUCUUGAGCAAAACUCAAGUGCUGGAGGAACUCAGCAGGUCAAGCAGCAUCCAGAGAUGGAAUGGACAGGUUAUAUUUUGCGUCGGGUCUGAAGAAAGGGCCCUCCCGAAACAUUGCCUGCAUAUUCCUUUUCCAGAUGCUGCCUGACCUGUUGAGUUUCUCCAGCAUUUUUUUAUUUUGCUAAAUUAAAAAACAGUCUGCUUUUCAGGUUUAUGAGAGCUUGUCCCGUAUAAAAGUAUUUUUCAUGCAUGUCACAACUUUCAGUGAGCUAUGAGCUUUUGUCACUUCAAUGAAUUUUCACAAUUAAUGUAAUUCAAGUAAGUGAAUGCAAGUUGCAUAGGUGUUUCUGAAAGAACAUUGAUGGGGAAGCACACAUUCAGUUUCAUAACAUGACCUGAUAGUUAAAAUAAAAUUAUAUGUAUUCACUUUUCAUUUUUGGAAAGAAGAUGCAAGCCAGAGUUGUUUACAGGAUUUGGAAUUCAAGUUCUAGAAUUUGUAAUUCUCACCGGCAUUGUGUUUCCAUCAGUUUAUGAUCUAGCAAGGGAAGUUUACCACCUUUCAUUAUUCUGAUUGUCGUGCUGACCUGACAAUGAACCAGAACUGGAGGCCUCAAUCAAUCAAAGCACCUCAACAAUGGAUCACGUAUAAAGUGCCUACUCAUUGCAGAUGCCUUUGUGUACAUCACAGUUCAGCAAGCAGCAAACAUGGUUGAACUGAUUGUUGGUCUCUGGGACAAAUAUAGAAGUUACUGGGUUAGCUCUUCAGAUUGUGCUGCUGGGUAUUUCGUGUCCACCUGAAUAGAUUGCCCAAUUCUCUGUUUAAUGUCAUUCUGAAUCGUUAUACAUCCAAGGUUUCUGGAGUCUAGAUUACAUGAAGAAGACUACAUGUGCUACUUGAACCCAAGAAUGUCUGCAUCAAUUGCUAGGGCGCUUGCUUGCAGUUGGGAUACUGAGAACAGUGAAUAAAAUCUGUCACCGGAUGAAGAUUGCGAUGGGCAACGUCUUAAACUGGGAAAAUCUGCUUUCUCUCCAUCACAGAGCUUCCAUGGAGCUCCUUAGUUUUACUGUGCUCUCAAUAAUUAUCCAAUAUACAUUUCCUCCCAGCAUAAGCCUUGUGAUUACCCACUAUUUCCGUAUGAAAGAGGUUUUGUAAGAGUUUAGUGAAGUGCUGCAUGGUCAUAUUGUGCAAUUUAUUUUGAAAUGGAACUGUUCCAAUGCUAAUUUCAUGUAAAUUACUCAUUCUUUUCGUCAUUCUCAUAGUGUGAUUUGUCCCAGUCGAUUUGUAACAUUGAUUAGAUGCAAUACCUCUUGAUAUAGUUUUUAAUGCAAAUUCUUACCCUGACCAUUUGUUAGUAUCAAACAAGAUUAAUAGCUAAGGUGUACUCAGGCCAAGGCAAUACAGAGGGAUACAGAAGACAAGCAAAUCAAUUGAAUUUGAUUAACCAUUCUGAUUAAAAUGUUGUUCCCAAA